UAUCUAGAUCUUCCACUUCCCUUUGAGAAGGAAAGAGAGACAUUAGCGAAGAAGCUAGUAGAGAGCUAGAGAGAAGAAGCAAAGAAAUGGCCUUGAUUUCCACUCAUAACCCUUGGCUUUUCGUUUUUGGUGUUCUAGGCAACAUUUCCUCGUUCGUGGUUUUCCUAGCUCCAAUACCAACUUUCUAUCAGAUUUGGAAGAAGAAAUCAACCGAGGGCUUUCAAUCUCUUCCAUAUUUGACUGCCCUCUUCAGUGCAAUGCUUUGGAUUUACUACGCCUUACUCAAAUCUGACGCUUUCCUCCUCAUCACGAUCAAUGCCUUUGGUUGCGUCGUGGAGACCAUUUACAUUGCUGUCUACAUCACUUAUGCCCCAAGGAAAGCCAGGUAUACAAGAAUAAGUCCAAGAUGUUGGUGGCAGCAGAGGUUUAGUCGCCCCAACAAAGCAUUGAUAUCGCCAAAUUCGGAAAACAACCCCCUAACUGCGGUGAAAACAGUGAGAAUGAGGAACAGAGAGAAAAUAAUCCCCAAAAUAUCGAUCAGACUAGGAAUAUCAUGCGGGUUUUCGACUCGAAUCCGCAAACUGCUUCUGAAGUUUAAUUGCAACAACCCUUAUCAACUGUAGGAAUUAUAUGAAUGUGUUUCCUGUUUCCUGUUCUAGUUUGUUAACUUGAGAUUUGUAUUUCUCUAUAUGUAAGGAGCCUAACUAGAGGUUAGGCAAAAUAAAUUUUGAAUGUAGUU